AUGACUGUUCCUGAGCCUAGUGAAGCUGUCAAAUUGCGGGCGACACAUGUCGAAUUGGAGGCCCACGGCAGAUACGAUGUCGAUAGCGUAGUUGAUUCCAAGGCAUCCUGGUCGUUGUCGUCGUCGUCGUCGCCUCAAUCUCCAGAAAUAGGCCGUGCCAGCAGGGCCAGGCAGCUCACCGGUGCCGCCACCAACCCUCCUGGCUGUCUCCAACCUGACCUGGCUGCAAUUUCCCAGGGCGCCGCCAUUGGCUCCAGGCCCUCAGAUGAGAUGCUCUUGCGGCCUAGCGGGUCAAAUUCAGGUACCAAGGCAGAGUAG